UUGUAAACUAAACAAGCUUACCCUUAGUUUUAGGGUGUUUUUGUUUUGAUUGUCAAUUCCUGGGAAAAUUUUAGAUUUUCCACUAGAAAAAUGCCUGAAUCCUCCAAUACAGUGUUCGAUGGAAAAGGAUUCAAGGCUGAGGACCAUGUCCGGGACUUGGUCCAGGAAUGCGUUGGAGGACCAGAAUUGCUGCAGAGGAAAGCCAAGAUCCAGACUUUCAGUGAUCAGACUUCCAGUGCCCUCAAGAAGCACGUCUAUGAGAAUUAUAUGAAGUUCAUUGACACGGCGAAGGAGAUUUCUCACCUGGAAUCAGAGAUGUAUCAACUGUCUCACAUUCUGAUUGAACAGAGGAAUCUCCUGGGUACAUUGAGGGAUAGCAAUGUUGUUGAUGAUCCUCGGAAUGUGCCCAUGGAUGGAGAUUCCAAGGCGGAGAAGGAUUCAGAGAUGAAAUCCUUGGAGUCCAGAGGGAAUGACAGUACUAUUGCUCUGAUCCGGGAGUCUCUGAUGGGAUAUUCGGGAGUGCUGGACAAUAAAACUUUUGUGCAUGAAGGUGGGCUGAUUGAACUGGAUAGCAAUGACUAUCGUCCGAUUUGCAGGACGUACUUCUUCCUCUUCAGUGACAGUCUGAUCAUGGCCAAGGUGAAGCAUGACAAGAAACUGGAAUUUUUGGGUGAGUAUGAGUCCAAGAAGCUGGCAGUCAUCAAUAUCCGGGAUUUGGAUGGGGUGCGCAAUGCUAUAAAUAUUAUCACUCCGGAUGGGAGCAGGAUCUUCCAGUGCAUAAGUCCUUCGGCCAAAGCUGAAUGGAUUGAGAAGUUUGAGGUCAGCAUGAAGGGUCAUCAGCGUCACCGGAAGGGUCCAGCUCCCCUGCCACCAAUGGCAGUCCGGCAGAAAUCCAUUGUGGACACUGUCAGUCUGUCUAGUGAUGCUACUCUCAGCCCAACUCUCGAGCAUCCCUCAGCUCCUCUGAUCUUCGCUCCGGAUUGGCUUUCCUCAGCUCCGGAAGAGAUUCAAGCCCUGAUUGCUCAGCGGCACUUCGAGGACACUCUGGCCCUUCUGCAGAAGUGCGAGGAAUACCUGGCCAGGGAUUCAUCUUUCCACGGAGCCCAGGACAUGAAGGAGAAGAUCAAAAGUCUCAAAGCAUCCCUGGUUAGUGUUUUGCUCCUCGAGCUGUCAGCCAGUCAGAGCAGGAGCCUCCAGGCAGCGCUGCGUUCAGCCCGGAGGCCCCUGAAGCUCCUGGCAGAGAUGCGAAAGUCGCGGGAGGCGUGUGGAGCUCUUCUGGGCGUCUGCACAACAGCCAUCCGGACAGCUCAGCGCCAGGCUCGAAGGAACAAUCUGGGCGUCGCUGAGAUCUUCUUCUGCGACUUGGCGCAAGUUGUGGCAGAGUUUGUGGGAGCUUUUGGCACCCAAGCUGCCUGCACGGCAAGCCUCGUGGUUUGGUGUCAUCAGGAACUUCAAUAUUUCGCUUCCCAGCUCAUCAAACACUACCUAGGGAAAGGUACUGACCUGGAAGCCGUUGCUAACUGCGUUGAACUGGUCAGGGUGCCCUGUGCAAAGCUCACGGAGAUUGGCCUCGAUGUUGGAUAUCACAUGGAAGGUCUCCUAAGGCCGACUCUCGAAGGACUCCUCCAAGAAUCGAAAGACCGCUUAAUUGGGGCUACCCAGAGGAUGGAGGACAACUGGCAACCUUUCAAUCUUCGCACAAAACAAGCUCUAAGGACCACAAUGAAGGAAUUUGAGGUUUUCGGCAUCAAUUUGAAGCCCCUCGUCACCGGAGACACUUUCAUCAACCUUACCCAGUCUACUGUCAACUUCUGCCGGCAGUUCUUCAUCACAACUCUCAGCUGUGCCACUCUGGCCAAGUAUGAGACCCUCAAAUUCGACGCAGAAGUCCUGGUCAAGGAGCUCUUCAUCGCUCAAUUUCACCUCAAAGCCGAUCCAGCAGCAGCAAUUGACUUGAACUUUGUCAGCAGGAACAAACAGUUCCUCGUGGAGAAGAUCCUGCCUGCUGCAAUUGAACUGUUCGAGAGCACGAGCGGAAGAAACUGUGAGCUUCUGCCGGAACUGAAAGUCCUAGCAGCUAAGACGGGAGCUGCACCGAAGCCCAAACCUAGGAGUAUCUACCAAACUGACGUGCUCUAAUCAUUAAUAAAAUUAUCAAAUUUAUCACAAAACUCCAAAAAUUGUACAUUCUCAUUUAUUUAAAAAUAAAGUUAAGCUAUUUAGGUCUUUCAAAGAUCUUCAAUCCAGCCUUCAAAAGCACUACUACAUUAUAAUGCAUAUUUGCAGAGAAUAAACUUGAGAAAUUA